AUGGCUGAGUACAGGGUGACAGUGUCCACGGGGGAGGCCAUCGGGGCUGGCACGUGGAACAGAAUAGCCGUCAGCAUCGUGGGGACCCGGGGGGAGACCCCCCCACUGCCCCUGGACCACUUCGGCAAGGAGUUCAGCAAGGGCGCUGUGGAGGACUUCCAGGUGGAGUCCCCCCAGGACGUGGGCCAGGUGCUGCUGCUGCAAUUGCACAAGGACCCCCUGCUGCCCAGGGCGGUGGGGCCGCUGGCCCGAGACGCCUGGUUCUGCAACUGGAUCCAGCUCUCGCCGCCCCGGGGCACCCCUCUCCGCUUCCCCUGCUACCAGUGGAUGGAGGGCUCCUCGAGGCUGGCGCUGCGCGAGGGGGCGGCCAGGGUCUCCUGGGGAGACGAUCACUCCCUGCUCCAACAGCAACGCAAGGAAGAGCUCCAGGCCAAGCAGGACUCCUACAGCUGGAAGACUUACCGCCCAGGCUGGCCUCACUGCCUGAAUGAGAAGACCGUGAGAGACCUGGAUCUCAACAUCAAAUACUCUAUAGCCAAGAAUGCCAACUUCUACCUGAAAGCUGGCUCUGGGUUUACAGAGAUGAUAUUCAAGGGGCUGCUAGACCGCAAGGGGCUCUGGAAGAGUCUGGACGAGAUGAAAAGGAUGUUCAACUUCCGGAAGACCCCGGCCGGUGAGUACGUUUAUGAGCAUUGGCAAGAAGACACCUUCUUCGCCUCCCAGUUCCUGAAUGGCCUCAACCCUGUCCUGAUCCGCCGCUGCCGCUCCCUCCCAGAGAACUUCCCUGUCACCAAUGACAUGGUGGCCCCGGUGCUGGGCCCCGGAACCAGUCUGCAGGCUGAGCUGGCGAGGGGUUCCUUGUUCCUGGUGGAUCACGGCAUCCUCUCUGGCGUCAGCACCAAUGUCAUCAACGGGAAGCCUCAGUUCUCUGCCGCCCCGAUGACGCUGCUAUACCAGCGCCCCGGGGGAGGGCCUUUGCUGCCCCUCGCCAUCCAGCUCAGCCAGACCCCAGGACCCACCAGCCCCAUCUUCCUGCCCAGUGACAACAAGUGGGACUGGCUGCUGGCCAAGACGUGGGUGCGCAAUGCUGAGUUCUCCGUCAACGAGGCCCUAACGCACCUGCUGGAAGCGCACCUGCUGCCUGAGGUUUUCACCAUGGCCACGCUGCGCCAGCUGCCUCAGUGCCACCCACUCUUCAAGCUGCUGAUCCCACAUACUCGGUACACCCUUCACAUCAACACUCUUGCACGCGAGCUGCUCAUCGCCCCGGGCCAGGUGGUAGAAAGGUCCACAGGCAUUGGCAUUGAAGGCUUCUCUGACCUGAUACAGAGGCGCAUGGAAACGCUGAGCUAUACCUCCCUGUGUCUGCCCGCGGACAUCCGGGCCCGAGGAGUGGAAGGCAUCCCGGGCUACUACUACCGGGAUGAUGGGCUGCAGGUCUGGGGUGCGAUGGAGAGCUUUGUCUCCGAAAUAAUCAGUAUCUACUACCCGAGUGAUGCAUCCGUGCGUGAUGACAGUGAACUCCAGGCCUGGGUGUGGGAGAUCUUCUCUGAAGGCUUCCUGGGCCGAGAGAGCUCAGGGGUGCCCUCCUCUCUGGACACACGGAAAUCCCUGGUGCAAUAUGUCACCAUGGUGAUCUUCAAUUGCUCAGCCAAGCACUACGCUAUUAGCGCAGGGCAGUUUGACUCCUGUGUCUGGAUGCCCAACCUGCCUCCCACCAUGCAGCUGCCCCCACCCACCUCCAAAGGCCAGACAGAGCCAGAGGGGUUUAUAGCUGCCCUCCCACCGGUCAACGCCACCUGUGACAUUGUCUUCACCCUCUGGUUGCUGAGCCAGGAGCCUGGAGACCGAAGGCCCCUGGGCACCUACCCGGAUGAGCACUUCACCGAGGAGGCCCCCCGACGAAGCAUCGCCACCUUCCAGAGCCGCCUGGCCCAGAUCUCUAAGGAUAUCCGGAAACGCAACAUGGAGCUGGCCCUGCCCUACACUUACCUGGACCCUCCGCUCAUCGAAAACAGCGUCUCCAUCUAA